AUGAACCAAAAAAGUAAGAUUAGCAAAUUAACAACAAGUUCUUACUUGCAUAUGUAUUCACCACCACAACCUAAACAACAACAACAACAAGUUAAUUUAGAAGAUAUAAGUGAAGAACAAUAUUAUCAACAUCAUAUUAUAUCAAAUGUUGUUGAUUUACAACCUGCUCAACCUCAACCUUUACCUCCUCCUCAACCUUUACCUCCUCAACAACAACAAAUAAUGUAUUGUCCAAUUCAACCAAGUGCACCAAUAUCAUUACCUCCUUCACCUUGUCCUUCACCUCUACCAUCAUACCCAUUAAUUAAUAGUAUUGGUAGUAGUGGUGGAGGUAUUGGUAGUUAUCAAAACAUUAAUUCUGAUAUGUUUAAUAGUGUUAUUAUACAUCCAUUAAAGAAUGCAUCGACUAUAAGAGUAUCACACUUUAUAGUACCACCAUCAGAGGCAAUCGUUGGUUUCGAAGCAUACAAGAAUAAUUUAUGGUUUGCACCAACUGGUUUCAAAAAGCAAUUAUCAACCGAUUCGUUGGAAAAGAUCUAUAUCCCAUUCUAUUCUUUCAAUGCUACCUAUAGUGUCUACUUUGAAGGAAAUGUACAUUAUUGUCCAAAAUCAACAAACUCUAAUAGUUUUGGUCAAAUUAGUAAUACCAAUAUUGAUCGUAGUAGUGGUGGUAGUAGUAGUAGUGAUCAUCAUUCUCAUCAAGAUCAUCAUCAUCACAACAACAACAAAUCAAUUGGUACAAAUGAUAUAAUUGCAAAAUCAAAAGCAAAAGGAUCAAUUUCAAGAUCAAUCAAUAAGAUAUUUAUAUGUGCACUGUCAAAGGAUAGUAUGGUCAAUUAUCAUACAAAUGGAGAUCCAACCGAGGAGGACAAGAUAAUGUACAAUUUUCACAAGAGUGUAGAGAUGAAUAAUGACGAAUCAUUCAAACAAACAUGUACAACCCAAGAUAUAAGAAUCUGUGGGCGUGUGCCAGAGGAAGAGGUUUGGAGACCACACCGUGGCAAGAUUGAAGUGGUCGAACAACAAAAUGCACCCGUCUAUCUAGGUAACCAAGAACAAACAGAUACGGUAGACAAUGUAUCAUCGACCAUUCAAUUUAUAGAGGUACGUGCCAUGCUCUACUAUGUACCAUACUACCACACACAAUUUGAAUUCAAUGGUCACGUCUACUCGUAUUUGGUCAAUGGUCAGAACGGCCAGGUCAUCAGUAGCCGUCCUCAAUACGGUCUUGGCAAGUUUGGUGAUGUUGUCAAAGGUGUAAAGAAUUACAUGACCACGCUGUGGGGAGACUAUGAAAAGAAUUCAAACCGAAUGAAUGGGUCUGACCUAUCACAAGACGAUCAAGCCAAAGUGUAUGAUCCAGCAGGCACCUAUUUGUGUUGGCCGAGAUCUGCCACCAGACUGUGGAGUGGGUAUAUCCCGGGAUGGGUGUCAAUCAGAUCACCCACCGGACCUGCUCGAGUACGUGCUCAAAAGCGUCGUGGAAGUGAACGAGGAAAUGAAAUUUGUCUGCUCCCCGGCGAAACUAAAACCUUCUCUUAUACCGGUCAUUGGUGUUUAGAAGUAUUAGAUAAUCUAUCAGUUGAUAUAUUAGGAUACAGUACAACUGGUGGUGAAAAUUAUCCAAAUAUAUCAAAUAGAUCAAUCUAA